AUGCCGUCAAAGAAUAACAAGAAGAAUAUCAUUCCUGACCAUGUCAAGGAGUAUUUUGAAAAAGAUUCAGUCAUUAAGGCCAAAGCACAACAAUUGGCAAAGCAAAUUUCAGAAUCAAAUCAUGUGGUGAUUUACACUGGAGCUGGUGUAUCCACAUCUGCAAAAAUUCCAGAUUUCAGAGGACCUAAAGGAUGUUGGACAUUAAGAGAUCAAGGUCGUUCUGAUGAAAUUGCCUCGAUUAAAAUUGAACAAGCAUUGCCAACGUACUGUCAUUAUGCCAUUACUCAUUUAGUGAAGAAAGACUUAGUCAAAUUUGUUGUAUCGACGAAUAUGGAUGGAUUACAUCGAAGAAGUGGCCUUCCUGAAGACAAGUUGGCUGAAUUGCACGGAAAUUCAUAUAAAGAAACUUGCGCAACGUGUGGAAAGGAAUACUUGAGAGGAUUUGACACGUACCAAACAGUGAAGAAUUAUAGAACUCAUAUUACAGGAAGAAAAUGUUCAUGCGGUGGAGAUUUAAAAGAUACAAUCAUUCAUUUUGGUGAGAAUUUACCAGAGAAGGAUUUGACCUUAUCCUAUGCUCACUCCAAACAAGCUGAUUUGGCAAUUGUGUUAGGUACAUCCAUGUCUGUCUCUCCAGCAAACAAAUUACCUCUUAAAUGUGUCAACAAGGGAGGAAAGAUGUGUAUUGUAAAUUUACAAAAAACAGAUUAUGAUGACAUGGCGGAUUUGAGAGUGUUUGCCAAAACAGAUGAAUUUAUGAAAUAUUUGAUGGAAUUCUUAGGAGAAGAUCAAGAAAUUGAUACUUCUUUUGAUGCCCUUGCCAAUAAUUGGCAAUAA